AUGACGCUUCGCGGAGCCGAUCCUUUUGAAUGUUUCUGUGGCCGCACCUACACAUAUGCGAUUGAUCUGGAAGAACACCGAAGGGCGCGAGGUCACUUUCCCUCACAUGUCUGCAGAGGCAGUUGCAGACAUCCUCCAGUGGCUCAGUACGACUUUACCAUUCGCAAAUGUGGCUAUUGUGGCAAGCUCUGUGAGCGCCUGGAUAUCUUUGAAGACCACUACAUUGCUACUGGGCAUUGUUUCUGUUCGGAAUGCGACCUCCCCUUCGAAAGCCAGAGCGCUUGGGAAAAUCACUGCGAGGUGGAGCUCCAUGCUUCUGAGUACCGUUGUUGCAACUGUGACAUAACUUUCAAAGAUAUCCAUGCCCUGAACGCACAUAUGGCGAGCCGUGCGCAUCGGAAGCCGCUUCAGCAAAAGCACAAAGUCAAUGCAAGAAAAGCGGGAAAAGCUACUACCGUCAGUGCGGGCGAUCACAUGUGCAAGAUAUGUCGGCGAACCGUUCCAUCCCUCCAGUCUUUCCAACAGCAUUGUGAGUCGCUGAAGCACAAGCCAAUCAGCGCUCUGAGUUGCCCUACCGGGGAAGGAUGCAAAAGAAAGUUCAGUGCGCCGUCGGCUCUGCUGCACCAUCUAGAAAGUGGAAAGUGCUGUUCAGGCAUGGACCGCGAUGACAUCUACGACAUCGUUCAGCUAUACGACAAAGAUCACACGAUCCACAUCCUCCCAAAACUCACACCUUCGAGCUCUACUUACUUAUCGGCACAUGGUUUAUCUCCUGAUUCCGGAGCGCCAACAGCGUCUCUCGAUAGUUCAGAUGGCUGGCUACUGGUCACUCCCACGCACUCUCAGGGUACCUUUCGUACGGUACAGGCUCUUCAGCAGCACAUAGUCUCUCCAACACACUGUGAUAAGGUCUACCACUGCCCACGUAACCUCCUCCCAAUUAACUCUAGCAAGGCUGAAACGAAGCAAAGAAAAGCAAAGCAAUUUACAACUCUCAGUGGACUAGCUCAGCAUUUAGAGAGUGGGGCCUGCCGUGGUGGCAGGCAGACGUUCCUGCGUUGUAUUGAGUUCAUCCAACAGCAUUUGGGGCAAUGGGGACUUGGAGGGAUGCGCCUAUUAUUGCCAGGCUCUCAAGAUUGA